AUGACCCGUAACUACUUGAGGCAUUUGCAGGUGCAGCUGGCACAGAGCAGAGCCCUGGGGGGAGACAGAGGCCUGCAGAUGUCUCUGCUAACCCGGGCAGGGCUGUCCCGGGGGGUCUGCACCCCCUGCUCGAAACUUCUGCAAAUUCAGGGGACAGAAAGGAGUUCAUACCCCAAGAGCAGUGCAGAUCGGCUGUGCGAGUGGUCAGCCCCAGCGCAGCACUUCCCACAGUCCCUGCUGGGCUUUCUCUCCCUCCCACGCAGGCUCCCCGGGACCAGGCCCUUCUGCUUCUCUGCCGCUGCCAGAGCCGUCCUGGGCAGGGGCCGGCGGGGAGAUGGUGGUGGGGAGCAGCAGCUCACCCUGCAGGACGUGGCGGAGAUGAUCCGGAGGAAGGAAUGUCAGCGGGUGGUGGUGAUGGCUGGAGCAGGGAUCAGCACCCCCAGCGGCAUCCCGGAUUUCAGGUCCCCGGGGAGCGGCCUCUACAGCAACCUGGAGCAGUACAACAUCCCCUACCCAGAAGCCAUCUUCGAGCUGACCUACUUCUUCAUUAACCCCAAGCCCUUUUUCACUCUGGCCAAGGAGCUCUACCCUGGCAACUACAGACCCAACUACGCCCACUACUUCCUCAGGCUCCUGCACGACAAAGGGCUCCUCCUGCGCCUCUACACCCAGAACAUCGACGGGCUGGAGAGAGUUGCUGGGAUCCCUCCUGACAAGCUGGUGGAAGCCCAUGGCACCUUUGCCACUGCCACGUGUACCGUCUGUCGAAGGAACUUCCCAGGAGAGGACUUCAGGGGGGACGUCCUGGCAGAGAAGGUCCCUCGCUGUCCUGUCUGCACUGGAGUGGUCAAGCCUGACAUCGUGUUCUUUGGUGAGGAGCUCCCGCAGCGCUUCCUGCUCCACCUGACAGACUUCCCCAGGGCAGACCUGCUCUUUGUCAUCGGGACGUCCCUGGAGGUGGAGCCCUUCGCCAGCCUGGCGGGAGCCGUGCGCGGCUCCGUGCCCCGAGUGCUGCUCAACCGGGAGCUGGUGGGACCCUUCGCCUGGCACCAGCGCCACAGGGACGUGGCCCAGAUCGGGGACGUGGUCAGCGGGGUCGAGAAGCUGGUGGAGCUGCUGGGCUGGACCGAGGAGAUGCAAACGCUAAUGCAGAAGGAGAAAAAGAAGCUGGAUGCAAAAGACAAGUAGGGCAGCUGGCUCCCUGCUGCUGGAGAGCAACCCGGGAAGGAGGUCAUGCCUGGCAGGGCAGGGAGCACCAGAGAGGCACAGGAGAGGCUGGCCAGCUCCCAGGCCCGAGGGGAUGCUCCUGGCUCUGUCCAGCCAGCUGGGAGGCAGAGCAGGGGCUCUUGCACACCAAGAAGGAGCUGAAGAAGCCCAGUGCUGAGCUGCCAGCUGGUUCUGCACGUGAAGGCUUUCCUGCCUGAGACCUCAGAGCAGCUGAUGCAGCCGAGUGUGGGUCCCUCCUUGUCUCACCCCUCGGGGCCUGCCAGGAGAGCUCUGCUGUCACCCUGCCAGCCCCACAGGAGCUCCACCAGGGAGCAGCUUGCCCUGGGUCUGCCUGCCCCGAGGUGUCCAGCCCCAGGGGAAUCACUGCAGUCUGGUCCGAGUUCUCCAGCAUCCACCAGCUCCUCCUUGUGACCUUCCAGCUGCUCCAGCCUCGCAGUGUUUGUUCUUCAGAUGAAAUCUCUGCUAAUUAGGGGAUUAAUGCCAUGGGGGGGGGGGGGGCUGCCCCCCAUUCCUGUUCAGGAACACCAGCUCAAGCUGCUGGAAAAGUUUUGAAUCACUGUUAAUUAUUUAAUAAUAAAAUGAGUUCUAAUUCUUUUGCCAAUGUCA